AUGGGUAACGCAGAUACGAAAUUAAAUUUUCGUAAAGCCGUAGUACAACUAACAUCGAAGUCUCAACCUAUCGAUGCAUCAGAUGAGGGUUUUUGGGAUCAAUUCUGGUCAGAGAGCGUGACGAACGUUCAAGAUGUUUUCGCUUUGGUUCCGGGAGCAGAAAUUCGCGCCUUGCGUGAAGAAUCUCCUAACAAUUUGGCUACCCUAGUAUAUAAAGCUGUUGAAAAAUUAGUAAAAAUUGUUGAUAGUAGCUGUAGAACGCAACGUGAACAACAGACUGCAUUAAACUGCGCUCGUCUGUUAACCCGCUUGUUACCACACAUGCUGGAGGAGCCCGAGUGGCACGGUUUCUUUUGGUCCCAACUGCCGGCCUCCGGAGAGAAUGAAUCCAUCCCUCUCGCUCAAUCACUGAUCAAUGCCAUUUGCGACCUGCUGUUUUGUCCUGACUUUACAGUUGUUAGCACCAAACGAGUUGGACCAGAACGAGCUGAAGAACUCUCCUCAUUGGACAGCUGCGAGUAUAUAUGGGCGGGCGGCGUCGGCUUUGCUCGCAGUCCGCCGCGGACCGCCCAGCAUGAGGCAGCUCGAGCUGAACUCUUGAGACUUCUGUUGACAUGCUUCAGUGAAACAAUAUACAAACCAGCCAACCAGGCUGCUACACACCACAAUAAGUGGAUUGCGUACUUAACAAGUCCAGACAACAGACACGCCCUGCCCCUCUUCACCUCACUCCUCAACACUGUUUGUUCGUAUGAUCCCGUCGGCCUUGGAUUACCUUACAACCAUCUACUGUUCGCUGACACCUUGGAACCCUUGGUGGAGGUGGCGCUCCAAGUGUUGAUAGUGACCUUGGAUCAUGACACAAGUAACGUGGUCAAUGAAGAUUCAGAUGAGAGGUUGCCCGACAACCUGUUCAUCAACUACUUGUCCCGCAUCCAUCGUGAUGAAGACUUCCAGUUCGCGCUGCGUGGAGUCACUAGACUUCUGAACAAUCCACUGCAACAGACCUAUCUGCCAAACUCCAAUAAGAAGGUGGCGCUGCAUCAGGAACUGUUGGUGCUGUUUUGGAAGAUGUGCGACUACAAUAAGAAGUUCAUGUACUACGUGUUGAAAAGCAGCGACGUGUUGGAAGUGCUGGUACCAAUUCUCUACCACCUCAACGACUCACGAGCAGACCAGUCCCGCGUGGGCCUGAUGCACAUCGGCGUGUUCAUCCUGCUGCUGCUGUCGGGCGAGCGUAACUUCGGCGUGCGCCUCAACAAGCCGUACACGGCCACCGUGCCCAUGGACAUCCCCGUGUUCACGGGCACGCACGCCGACCUGCUGGUGGUGGUGUUCCACAAGAUCAUCACCACCGGCCACCAACGGCUGCAGCCGCUGUUCGACUGUCUGCUCACCAUACUAGUCAACGUGUCUCCGUACCUCAAGACCCUGUCGAUGGUGUCGUCCAGCAAGCUGCUCCACCUGCUCGAGGCCUUCAGUACUCCGUGGUUCCUGUUCUCGAGGCCUCACCAUCACCAGCUCGUGUUCUUCCUGCUCGAGAUGUUCAACAACAUGAUACAGUACCAGUUUGACGGUAACUCGAACCUGGUGUACACGAUCAUUCGCAAGCGUUCAGUGUUCCACUCUCUGGCCAACCUGCCUCACGAGCACACGGCCAUCGCCCGCUCACUGGCCGCAGCCAAGGCGCGGGGCUCCACCGGCGGACACAAGGCGCUGCCCAGAACGCGCAGUGCGGAGUCCGUAGCGGAGGCAGCCAUGGAGGGCUCCCGGCCCGCGCAGCCCGCGGAGCCUGGGACACUCAACGCUACACUACCGGACACACCCGCAAUAGCGACGAUGACGGAGCGCGAGUCAGCUCACCCGCCGCUGACGACACGCUCGGGGGGAGACGGAGAGGACGCGCACACUACGAAGGAGAGCCCGUGCUCGUCGGACGGCCAGGAGGCGGCGGGCGAGUGGCGGCCGACCGGCGAGUGGGUCUCCGGCUGGCGGAGCAGGCUGCCGCUGCAGACCAUCAUGAGGCUGCUGCAGGUGCUGGUGCCGCAGGUCGAGAAGAUCUGCAUCGACAAAGGCCUGACGGACGAGUCGGAGAUCCUCCGCUUCCUGCAGCACGGCACGCUGGUGGGCCUGCUGCCGGUGCCGCACCCCAUCCUCAUCAGGAAGUACCAGGCCAACGCCGGCACGGCCGCCUGGUUCAGGACCUACAUGUGGGGGGUUAUAUACAUACGUAACGUGGACCCUCCCAUCUGGUACGACACGGACGUCAAGCUGUUCGAGAUCCAGCGAGUGUGA